UUUGAGUGGUGAGAAUUACGAGUUAUUACAAUAUCGAGGUAUUGUUGCAACUAAGUGAUAAUGAAGAAUUUCAUUCCGUUCUCGAUUACUGUCGUGCUAUCUGUGUUGCUGUUGAUCAAUACAGUAGUGGCAGAUGAAGAAUGUCCCUGUAAAAAGCAGCGAGACAACAAACUUGUGGAUCAGGACUUCGGGAUGCCGCUAACUCCGGACGACUUCUUAACAAACAUGAUGACGCCGUGGAUAGUUCACGACUACUUCCGACCUUGGCGGCACACGGCGUCUUUGGCCCGCGACCUAGGCUCCACAAUCAAAACGGAGAAAGAUAAAUUCCAGAUCAAUUUGGACGUCCAACAUUUCUCGCCGGAUGAAAUAUCUGUGAAGACUGCGGAAGGUUACGUGGUAGUUGAGGCUAAGCACGAGGAAAAACAGGACGAGCACGGAUACGUGUCUAGGCAACAAAAGGAAUGGUUGAAACUAGCAAAUAGACUAGAUCUACUGGAAAAGAAACCCGAUGUCCGCCUGAGAUAUAGGGUGUGUUCCAGACAUUUCGCUCAGUCCAGUAUAAAGAACAAACACUUGCACGCUGAUGCUGUACCAAGUCUACAUUUACCAGGGGAAGAUGGAGAAACUGGAAGCAGUGAAGAAGAGCUACACCAUGAAAACAUAGUAUGCAAUGGAUGUAAGAAACCAGUAUAUGGUUUCCGUUAUAAGUGUCUCACAUGCCCCGAUUACGAUUUAUGUUCCACUUGUGAGGUCCUGGAGGAGCAUCCCAAUCAUUAUAUGAUCAGGAUACCAAAGCCUCUCAAAUUUAAAACGAUUCAAGACAGAAUACAGAACUUACAGAAUGUAUUCAGACAAGAAUCCCUGAACGAUCCUGACAGCAGCGAUGAUGAGCCCAUAACCAAGUAUGUCAAGAAAUAUGAUAGUGGUGUGGACUUGUCAGAUGAUGUGAAGAAUGAUAUAAGGAAUGAAGUGUCAAUGAUGCUGAAUCGUCAGCAAGAGCAAAAGAAGGUGAAAAAGAGCAGAAUCGGUAAAAAGCGAGGGAGUGAAGCUGAGAGGCCUAUGAAAAAGCAGAAGGUAGAAGUUGCAGCAUCUGGUAUUAGAGAUGAAAUACCAGAGGUAGUGUUUGCGGACGUCAAUGAAGCUAAUAACAGUGCUAUGGAAAUUAAACAUGAAGUUCCAGUUUUUUAUGUUCCUAACGCUGAAGAUACAGCACAACCCACAAUACAAAUGAAAUUGAGUGACGACCUCUCCAUGCUCGUGAUAGAUAUGAAUAAUCAGAAAACUUUGUACAGUUUAUAGAUAUAAAUAGAUUUAACUAU